AACCUGGGCCCGUUGACGGAGACCUACGGGAUUCCCUUCUACCUGCAGUACCUGGCACACUGGCCCGAGUACUUCAUCGUCGCCGAGGCGCCCGGCGGGGAGCUGAUGGGUUACAUUAUGGGUAAAGCGGAAGGCUCUGUGGCUAGGGAAGAAUGGCAUGGGCAUGUUACCGCGCUCUCUGUUGCACCAGAGUUUCGACGGCUGGGUUUGGCUGCUAAAUUGAUGGAACUACUGGAAGAAAUUUCAGAAAAAAAGGGUGGAUUUUUUGUUGAUCUCUUUGUGAGAGUAUCAAAUCAGGUUGCGGUAAAUAUGUAUAAACAACUAGGCUACAGUGUGUACCGGACAGUAUUGGAGUACUACUCUGCCAGCAGUGGAGAGCCAGAUGAAGACGCUUAUGAUAUGAGAAAAGCUCUUUCCAGAGAUACGGAGAAGAAAUCAAUUAUACCACUGCCUCACCCUGUGAGACCAGAAGACAUAGAGUAACUGUAAGCUGUGAUUCUCAGGCAACUUACUAGGAGUGUCGGGUUCCUUCUCCCCCCAGCCCCCAAGAAUUUACGGAUGAGAAGUCUUAGGCUCAAUGUUUUUCCCCAUGAAAUGCCAAAAAAGCAAUAUUGAGAAGCUUACUAACGCUGUUUCUGUUGGUAAUGGCUGCAUACUCCUGCAUUUACCCCAUUAUUUUUCCCUUCAAAUAUUGGAAAUUCAGAGAGUAUUAAAAUUAAUUACCUCC